UACUUUUCGACUUCCUUCCAUCCUCACUCCAUCUUCCCUCUGCACUUGCUGUCUCAUGCAUCUGUCAGCUUAUGACUUGACUCAAACCCUCCGCUGCCAUCCCGCAAGGCAUGCAUUGAUCUGUUCCCAACACAAACUCCCUGGGUGAACCUCCGGGAAUGCCGCCGAAGCUGGUCUCUGGCCCUGCGCCACGCGCUCUCCGACGUCGUCUACUACCUCCUUCAACACCCUCUCCGAUAAAACCGCCUGUCUCCCGAGAACAAUACUUCGUCUCUCCUUCCCCGCGGACUCUGGCCCAGCCACGACCAGAUAUCAUACAUGGCCCGCAGUUGACCCGCGAGUCUCCGACACUUUUCUCGCAAACUGGUUUCCGACCAUCUGUAUCGGAUCCUCUUGACGGGGGCUCGAAACGAGAUCAUGAACCUCCCGACGAGCGCAUCCUGAAGCUUGGAAAGACUCUCCGCAUCCUCUCGCCUCUUCUCCCCACCCUUCUCAUCAACCCGCUACCCCCAAAUAUUCUCUCCCCCAGCAUAGCCCUGCACCUCUUCCCCUCCACGCACCCACAUCUCCCCACCGUCAAGGGCCGAACACUCUACCGCGCCGCGCUCUGGACCGUCCCAGUAGCAUGGAGCAGCCUUCCCCUACUAGGAAACGUGAAGCUCCAAAUCCUCAGUGAGCGCAUCGUCCGCGCAGGAACGGUCCUCGAACCCGAACGACCGGACAGCGACCACGAUACCAGCGACGAGCGUCUCGUCGUGCGUUGGCGAACCGAGCCGCGGAGCGAAUCCACUACCUCCAACUCGGAACACUCCAGCACAUCCUUCACCGCCGCAUCUCCCACGCUACCAAGCGAUACCCAAGGCACCAACAAAAGUAAUGGCAGUCACCUCUCAUCUUCGAAAGCCGGGAUCAACAAAGGCCUUAGCGUCCUGCUGGGCGGGGACGCUCCGAUCUUCAAAUUGAAGAAAGAAGAGCAGUUCACCGGACUUUUCAUCUUCUCCUUCGACGAGGAAGGUCGCAUUGCGUCGCAUACGAUUGAGCACGCGGAUGAUGCGCGCGGAUGGAAUCGCACGCCCAAGUUCGUGACUCUGACUGAUUGGUUGAUCGGUAAGGCGAGAGGAUCGCUUGACCCUGCUGCAGAGCCGGGGCUAGCUAUGCAGGGCUGUCAUUGGCAGGAUGCGCAGGAGUGCCUCGAUAGGGAUCGGUACCAUCUUGAACAACAUUAUUAUCCCCAUGGUCGGUGAUUGUAGGCCCUCAGGCCUCGUUUUACCCUUCCGAUAUUACUGAUAUGGUUACAUGGCCAUAUUGGUUUCCAUUUGAUCAUUCGGUACUCCACUUCCACUAUUUGAGACUCUCUUCUGUUCCCAUAACCAAGGGGAACAAACGAUAGAGGCGGUUGGGAGGCGGUAUGAAGAAAAAGGGAACUGCACGAUCUCAAAAUUGUGUUCAAGUAUUCUGAUUUUGUUUCACGGUAGCUGGCUAUCUGCUUUGCUUGUUUUCAUCAGUUGGUGCCGAUUUUUUCAGAGUUCUAGAUGUUCAUACUUAUUCUCCUCUUUUCUCCACUCCUUGUCUUGUUAACUAUAUGUAUCCUUCCGCUUACCAGCCCUCUCCGAUGUGUAUUAUACCCAGUACUGCUAUUGAAGUUGUAUUGUAUUAUUUAUUGUAAUGUG